AUGCCCACCUCAACCUCUGACAAGAUGGAAACUKCCUGUUGGGUGAUCCAUGAAUGUCCCAACUAUACAGGCCAUCAGUACUUCCUGAAGGUAAUCUAUCCUGACUGCCAGCACUGGAUGGGUUUCAAUGACUCCAUCACAGCACACAGCAGCUACAGCAGUCUGAGGAAUGACUUCAGAGGCAGCAUGUUGAAGUUCAUGGAAAACUCCCCAUCUUUCCAAGAGGGGUUUCACUUCAGGGACAUCCAGUCUUGUAACAUACUUGAAGAAAGCUGUGUUUUUUAUGAACAGCCACACUUCCAAGGACAGCAGUACCUCCYGAGGCCUGACAAGUACAGGUGAUUCACCAAAUGGGAUGCCAURAGUGCCAAAGUUGGAUCCUUCCAACCAACAAGGGUUAUUUUCUAA